CGCCAAGUUCAAGGUGUUCGCUUGAGUCACCGUGUGGGCCGCUGAAGAGUUCUAUUUAAAUCCGUCCUGAAACUGCGGACUGUAGUCUCACGAGCCACGAGCCACGAGCACUUCGCAGCGCGCGCCUGCAACGAACAUAACACAACACUAAAGAUGUCGAUUGUCCCAUUGUUAUUCCGCGACUGGUGGGACGACUGGGAGCGUCCAUCAAAGCUGCUGGACCAGCACUUCGGCAUGGGCCUCAAGAGGGACGAGCUGUUGUCCUCCCUCUCCUCAUUCCCUUCGAGUUCCCUCUUCAGGAACUCCUACUUCAGACCGUGGAGGACCAACCUCGCCCGGCAGGAGUCCUCGUCUACUAUCAACCUCACUAAGGAGAAAUUUGAGGUGAUCCUAGAUGUCCAACAAUUCACCCCCGAAGAAAUCACAGUGAAAGCCACCAACAACUCCGUCCUCGUCGAAGGCAAACACGAGGAGAAACAAGACGAGCAUGGUUUCAUCUCCCGCCAGUUCACCCGCAGAUACAUCCUGCCCCCAGGCUAUGAGCUCACCGAUCUAGUCAGCACCUUGUCCUCGGAUGGAGUCCUCACAAUCACGGCACCUAAACGCCCACCCCCGAAUUCUGGUGAAAGAGUUAUCCCCAUCACUAAAACUGGUCCAGUCAAGCAGCCUGAGCCUGAGAUCACGAACAACGAGCAGCCUCGCGAACAGACCGUCCCAAUCGUCACUUCCCCUUAAGUGCGACAUCGAUUUAAAAAUGUCCCAUUUACCUAAAGAGAGUUUUUCUUGUAAGUACCUACUACUUUCUUGUGCUUUUGUUUAUGAAGCUCCAUACUGCAGCCUUUGAUGAUAAAUAGGCAGAAUAAAUUAAUAUAGGUAAUAAGAAAACAAAACGAUUUCGUACAAAGAAUAAUAACAAUCGCUUUACCUACUCGUACCUAUAUAUUGAAUUGCAGGCGAGUUUUUUGGAUUUUUGAAACAUCUGAAUUCUGAAGACUUUCGCUUAGGUACACAUAAUAGCGUAAGUAGCGUACUACGACUGCAAAAUGAACAUUGUGAACACUCUCUUUAUGUAAAUGUGGCUAAAUAGAUAGGUAUAGCUAACGAUCGAAAUGUAAAUUAAAUAGCAUUUAUUUUUAUAUGUCCCGAUGUUGGCCAACAACGGCGAACGAAAUGAACGAACUAGGUUUUAUCGAAUUAAAAGGAAUGCAAAACAUCACUCAUUAAUUAUUGUAAAAUAAUAAGAUACUUGUUGUAAUGA